CCCCAACUUCCAUCCAUCCCUCCCUCCCUCCCCGUGUGUGUGGCCGUCGGGGACUCCCCAACACUGCACCCAAGGCCAGAAGAGAGGGAGCAAAACCCAACCCAACCCCAGGCCGAAAGCUGCGUCCAAAACAAAAACCCACCCUUUUUUUGAUUACCAAGGAGGAAGCGGAGUCGGGGGUUCAAGGGGAGGCUUCCCCACCACCACAACCACCACCACCAUCAUCAUCGUCCCCCCCCCCACCUUGUUAUUUAUUUUCUCCCCUGGCAGAGGUGUCCCCUCCGGCCGCCGGGGCUCACCAUGAUGUUUCGAGACCAGGUGGGCGUCUUGGCCGGUUGGUUCAAGGGCUGGAACGAGUGUGAGCAGACUGUUGCGCUGCUCUCCCUCCUCAAACGGCUCAGCAGGACCCAGGCACGAUUCCUCCAGCUCUGCCUGGAGCAUUCCCUGGCCGACUGCACCGAGCUCCACAUCCUCGAAGGGGAAGCCAACAACCCCGGAAUCAUUAACCAAUGGCAACAGGAAUCCAAGGAUAAAGUGAUCUCCCUCUUGUUAACCCACCUGCCUUUACUGAAGCCCGGAAACAUCGAGGCAAAAGUCGAAUACAUGAAACUCUUGCCGAAAAUCCUGGCCCACUCGAUCGAACACAACCAACACAUCGAGGAGAGCAGGCAGCUGCUGUCCUACGCCUUGAUACACCCUGCCACCUCCUUGGAGGACAGGAGCGCCCUGGCCAUGUGGCUCAACCACCUGGAGGACCGCACGUCGGGUGGCUUCGGCAGCCAGGGCAGAGGUCGGUCGGAUUCGGUGGACUACGGGCAGACGCACUACUAUCACCAAAGACAAAACUCCGACGACAAACUCAACGGAUGGCAAAACUCUCGAGACUCGGGCAUAAGCGUCAGCGCUUCCAGCUGGCAGGACAAAAACCUGGCCUGCGAGAACGGCCAUCUGCCCCUCUACUCCUCCUCCUCCGUCCCCACCACCAUCAACACCAUCGGCACUAGCACAAGCACCAAUGUCCCAGCCUGGCUGAAGAGCCUCCGGCUGCACAAGUACGCCGCCCUCUUCUCGCAGAUGACGUAUGAGGAGAUGAUGGCCCUCACCGAAUGCCAGCUCGAGGCACAAAAUGUUACCAAAGGCGCAAGACACAAAAUAGUCAUCAGUAUCCAAAAGCUAAAAGAAAGACAAAACCUGCUCAAAUCUUUAGAAAGGGACAUCCUGGAAGGUGGCAACUUGCGUGUCCCACUGCAGGAGCUACACCAAAUGAUCCUCACCCCCAUCAAAGCCUACUCUUCCCAAAACUCCAGCCCGGAGGAGCACAGUCGGGAGGCGGACUCGCAUCACCCUUCCUCCCUGCUGGGCUCGGACAGCCAAGGCUCCGACUGCAAGGACUCGGCCGCCGGGGGGAUGCAGCAGCACCACCACUUACCGGGGUGCGAGGGCGAGUCGGGGGGGGGCCCUUUGCCCGAAGGUGACCUGCCCGGACAGUUCACCAGAGUGAUGGGGAAAGUAUGCACACAACUUUUAGUUUCCCGACCCGAUGAAGAGAAUAUAAGUUCCUAUUUACAGCUCAUAGACAAAUGUCUAAUCCACGAGGCGUUUACAGAGACCCAGAAGAAGCGGCUGCUGUCAUGGAAACAGCAGGUGCAGAAACUCUUUCGGUCUUUCCCUCGGAAAUCCCUGCUGGAGCUAUCAGGCUAUCGGCAGCAGAGGAGCCGAGGCUUUGGCCAGUCGAACUCCUUACCCACAGCUGGAUCUGCGGGGGCAGGACUGGGCCGGCGAAACCCCCGCCAGUUCCAGAUCCCCUCCCGCAACCUCCCCACCGCCCGCCUGGGGCUGCUGGGUCCCAGUGGGCUACUGGGCACCCCCCAGCGCAGCCCCGCCGCCAGCCCCGCCAUCCUCAAGCAAGGCAGACAGAACCUCUGGUUUGCCAACCCCGGGGGCAGCAACAGCAUGCCCAGCCGCAGCCACAGUUCGGUGCAAAGGACGCGCUCGCUGCCGGUCCACACCUCCCCGCAGACCAUGCUGAUGUUUCAGCAGCCAGAGUUCCAGGUGCCGGUGACUGAACCUGACAUCAACAACAGGCUGGAGUCCCUGUGCCUGAGCAUGACGGAGCACGCGCUCAGCGGUGAGCACUCCCUCCUCCUCGGGCUCUUCCAGCAUGUCCACGCCACCUCCGCCGAGCCCCCCAGCACCUGCCCCUGCCCCGCACCCCCCAAAAGCUGGGACAGGCUGUGGCUGUGAGCAAACUGGGCAGGGGGCGGCAGGGCUGGAUGCAGAGAUGCUUCCAGUGAUGCUCCUGGGGAUGCUCCCAGAGAUGCUCCUGAGGAUGCUCCCAGAGAUGCUUCUGAGGUUGCUCCCAGGGAAGAUCCCAGAGAUGCUCCUGAGGGUGCUCCUAGGGAGGCUCCCAGAGAUGCUCCUGAGGAUGCUCCUAGGGAAGAUCCCAGAGAUGCUCCUAGGGAAGAUCCCAGAGAUGCUCCUGAGGAUGCUCCUAGGGAAGCUCCCAGAGAUGCUCCUGAGGAUGCUCCUAGGGAAGCUCCCAGAGAUUCUCCUAGGGAUGCUCCCAGAGAUGCUCCUGAGGAUGCUCCUAGGGAAGCUCCCAGAGAUGCUCCUGAGGUUGCUCCCAGGGAUCCUCCUGAGGAUGCUCCUGAGGAAGCUCCCAGAGAUGCUCCUGAGGUUGCUCCCAGGGGAGAUCGGAUGGGGACAUUGGCUUCUCUCGGCAAGGCAGCCGGGGCAGAGGGGUAAAACCAAAACACGGGGAUCGCACCCAGCGCUAGUGGAGUCCGUGCUUAUUAGCCACGAGUUGGCUUGCUAAUAAUAAUUAGUAUUAGCUCGCUAGUCUGUUAUUAGUUCUCGAUAAAGCCCUUUGCCACCGGAGUGCUCGAAUGGUUCACAGGCUUUGGAGUAUUUUACCCUUCUGCCACACCA